GCCCUCGAUGAGCGCGGCGGCCCCGGGCGGGCAGCAACAGCAGCACCUCUUCGCCGGCGCGGCGGCCCUGCGGGAGUCAGGCGGCAUGGCCGAGCUGAAGUCCUUGGGCGGCGACUCCUACCUGACCCUGGCGCAGAGCUACACCCAGACGGCCUUCGCCGCCUACGGCGCGGCUCGAGGGGGCGGCGGCGAGGCGCCGCGGGUGACUUACCCCGGCGGGGCCGGCGGCGGCGGCCUGGAGUUCCGCGCCACGCCGCUGGGCAAGUCGGCCGAGAGCAGCGACGAGCAGAGCGGCGACGAGGACGACGCCUGCUUCGAGGGCGCCCGGACGGCGGGGGAAGGCGGUGGCGCCGCCAAGCUGAAGGCCAGCGGCCCGCUGGGGGCCAAGAAGCCCAAGGAGCAGCGCUCGCUCCGCCUCAGCAUCAACGCCCGCGAGCGGCGGCGGAUGCACGACCUCAACGACGCCCUGGACGGCCUGCGCUCCGUCAUCCCCUACGCCCACAGCCCGUCGGUGCGCAAGCUCUCCAAGAUCGCCACCCUCCUGCUGGCCAAGAACUACAUCCUCAUGCAGGCCCAGGCCCUCGAGGAGAUGCGGCGCCUGGUGGCCUACCUCAACCAAGGCCAGGCCCUCGGCACCCCGCUCCCGGCCGGCCUGGCCCCCUUCGGACAGACCGCGGCGGCGGCCGUCUACCCUUUCUCGGGCGCCGCCCUGCCCGCCGCCUGCCCCGAGAAAUGCACUGCCUACUCCGGGGCCGCCUCGGGCCUUUGCAAACAUUGCAACGAGAAACCUUGAGGAAGUUUG